GAACGGCAGGCGAAGCAUCGCCAGAUUGGUAUAUCGAUCGAUUGAUCGGUGGCGGAGGGAGGGGAGGAGGGCGGCAGAUGGCGGCGUGCCGGGGCUUCUUCGAGUGCCUGCUCAGGCUGCUCAACUUCAUCCUCACCGUCGCCGGCCUCGCCAUGGUCGGCUACGGGAUCUACCUGCUCGUCGAGUGGAUGAAGAUAUCUGAGGACGGCAGCAGCGGGGGGUUGACGGCGGAGGUGCUGGUCUCCGGCCGGCCGUUGUUGGGGGCUGUCGCUCUCGGUGACAGCUUCCUCGACAUGCUACCCAAAGCAUGGUUUAUUUAUUUGUUCAUUGGUGUUGGUGCUACUGUUUUCCUCGUGUCUCUGUUUGGCUGCAUUGGAGCAGGGACAAGAAACACCUGCUGUUUGUGUUUCUAUGCCUUCUUGGUCAUAUUGUUGAUCCUUGCUGAAGCUGGAGCUGCUGCAUUCAUUUUCUUUGACCAUAGCUGGAAAGAUGUAAUUCCAGUGGACAAGACACAUAACUUUGAUGUUAUGUAUGGCUUUCUGAAGAAAAACUGGGAGAUUGCAAGAUGGGUUGCUCUUGGCGUUGUUGUUUUUGAGGCAGUGCUCUUUCUAUUAGCUCUGGUUGUCAGGGCAAUGAACAAACCUGCGGAGUAUGACAGUGAUGAUGAAAUUAUUGCAAUUGGCCGAAGCCCUACCAUGCGGCAGCCAUUGAUCCAUGCCCAAAAUGUGCCGGCCACCGGUGUUCCUGUCCCAACACUCGAUCAGCGUUCAAGUAGAAAUGAUGCCUGGAGCCAAAGGAUGCGAGAGAAGUAUGGUCUGGACACGAGCCAGUUCACGUACAACCCCUCAGACCCAAGCAGGUACCAGCAGAAUGGCGCUCCACAGGCUGAAGAAAGGAGUCGAUGCACUAUAAUGUGAAGAAUUCUUCAUGACGUCCUACGUCAUAAUGGUUUUCUUGAACGGGCUACCUCAGCUUGUGUAGUUUGGUGUUGUUCAGACUUCAUAGCUGUGUGUGUGGAAUGCAAAAAUCCCGACCAUAUUGUUUGUCACGCUUGAUGUCUUCUCUGCAAAUGUUCUAUGCACUUGUAAUUUUACCGUGAAUGACGAACUGUUAGCCAUUGACAUCAUCUAUUUUGUAUUUUAGGGGGGUUGUUUCUUCUUGCCAGUCCUACCAUUUUCAUGUAGCUCUGUUUAAUCAUGAUGCUUUACUCAAAUAUAUGUAAGAUUUGGUUGUGCCGUGAAGUGAGGUGAGACUGAUAGGAUCCGUUUUGCUUUGUGUAUAUUGGAAUAAAGUUAGGUUAUGGAUUUGUUAGGAGGGUAAAUGUUUCUAUUGGGUUUUCAGCCAAUGUGAAAAGACUAGUCUCGACGAAGGAUCUGUCGACUACACGCUCAAGGCUCAUUUGCGAUCUGUAACAUAAUCUUCAAGAUGCUAGAACCCCAUGCUGGAAGAUGCCAAUUUCGUGUUAUUAUUAUUAUUAUUAUUAUUAUUAUUAUUAUUAUUAUUAUUAUUAUUAUU